CUAUGUUAAGCACUCCUGUUGAAAUCUCCCUAGGGGUUAUUUAAUUAGUAAAUCCUGUUUGGUAGGUGUCUAUCUAUGUACAUUCCAUUCACUGUGCCUGAUGAUUUCAGGAUAGAAUCACAGGAAGGGUUAUUAUGACAUCACCCAGACAAAUGAAAUAUUCUCAUCUCUUGGUGACAUGUCCAUUUGCCCCUCUGAUGUUGAGCUAACAGCCAGAGAAACUGGACCUCCAACUACACCUCUAGAACGAGGAAACUAAACAGGCUUACCCUGUGAUUCAGCUUGGAAUUGUCAGAAGUUUAUUCUUAGUGCAGGAAAACUACCAGGUCCUAAACAUGGCAGUGCAGGAAUCAUCAUCUUCGUCAUUGUCAUCAGGAAGCUCAUAUGAAUCUGAAACAAACUCAGAACCCGAGCCUGAAGCUGCAGCCUCUACACUGGAACUCACUAUCAGUCCUCUCACUGAAAUCCCCCCUUCAGUGAAGAACAUACUGGACAAAAUUGAUGCUGCCCAGCUCAGCAGAGCGAGGAAGGAGGUUUUUAAGCAACUGUUUGUAAUUCUGGAUAAUGUGAACCGGGUAUGUAACUGCUUCAAAGGGGACCAAGGGAUGGACCCAGAGAUAGAAGAACAGUUCUUCCUCUCCGGCACUUGGGCUGAGAGGAAACGGAGGGCACUUCUACUGGACAAAGUAGCCAUCUUGCUCAAAGCCAGCACAGCUCAAGGGAAAGAUUUAAAGUUCGUUCUGGAAUCAUUAAAAGAAUGGGGUGAAAUGUUGUCAGAAGGCAAAGAACAAGUCGGAGACACCCACACUGUCCAGUGGGUCAGUGAUAUGGAGACCAAGCUGCUGACCUCCCUUGAUUAUACAGAAGGAUGUAUAAUGCAGCUAUUCGAUCUCUGCACAAGUCUUGUGGAACACAGGAGGAAAAAGAGGGGGAAAUCAAUAGUUCCCAAAAGCGGCAUGUGGAGAGCAUGGCGAGAGAAAGUUGCACAGAAACCUCAGGAAGCCCAGCCUUUGAGCCCUGAACAGAUGUUAGAAGAUGAAUCUGUAAUUUUCUCCAGGACUUCUGAGCUCCUUACCAUGUUACAGGAAUUUGUAGAGUCCACAGUGUUCAACAAAGCAGAAGCUGUUGUUGUUAAAUAUAUAGUGACAAUGGUGGCCAAUCUCACCAAAGCCUUCACUCUGCUAACCAAACAGUGCCGUGGCCUGCAAGCAAAGUAUGAUACCUUAGCAUCCCAGGAGUCCAGGAAGCAGGAAGUUCAGUAUGUGAACUUUCAAAAGGAAGUACAGAUGCUUAAUGAGAAAAAGGCAUCUUUGGAGGCUCGAGUCCAAAGCAUUGAAGACAAAUACAAGAUGCUUCUUGUAGCAAAUGAGGCAAUGCAAAAAGUACUGCACAAGGUGAAGGAAAAUGCAGCAGUAAAGAUAGAACCAUCUUUAAGAGACAUGAAAUUUGGGGCCAGGGCUUCUUUUGAAUGGAAAUCCCAGGAAGAUGAUGAUAAUGAUCUGAGUAGGAAAAAGGAUGCGGUUCUGUCAGCUGAAAAGCUGUCAUGGAAAUCCCAGGCAGACCUUGGUAAAUCCCCCUGUAGGAAAAGGGAGGCAAAGGUACCAGAUAAAAAGCAGCUUCAGAGACCAUUGGCAGAGAGAACAGAAGACACCAGUGACAAACAGGAAACAAAGCUUCUAGAUAAAAAGCCAGCACUGAAAGCCUCAAUAGAGAGAGGUGAAGACAUCAGUGACAAACAGGAUGCAAAGCUUCUAGAUAAAAACCCUUUAAGGAAAGUCUUGGUAGAGAGAGGUGAAGGCACCAGUGACAAACAGGAAACAAAGCUUCUAGAUAAAAAGCCAGCACUGAAAGGCUCAAUAGAGAGAGGUGAAGACAUCAGUGACAAACAGAAAGUCCCGGUAGAGAGAACUCAAGACACUGUUGUCAAAUGGGAUGCAGUCAUCCCAGUGGAAAAACAAGAAGAGACUUCAGGAGACCUGGCUGGAAGACGGCAUGAACAACCUCUGGACAGUGAGCAAACAGAGGCUGCUGACAAAUGGGAUGUGAGCCUCCUGGGUGGAACCCAAGAAGUUGUUGAAGAUGUCACUGGUGAAUGGCAUGAGAUCCUGCCAGAGGAACAUGAGCUCAAGGCUGACAGUGAAGAAGAAAUUGAAAGGCUCCCAUCCCCAACAGAGCUCCCAUACCAAGGGAUCUCUAGGAAAGGGAAGCAGAGGAGGAAGAAGGAAAGCCUGUAUACUGAGGAGACACAUACAGAAAUGCCUCAGAGCCCAAUCAGCAGAAGCAAGCUGGAACCAUCCACUGCACUGUAUGGGUUUAAUUCAGCUAUCCUGGCUUAUCUGGAGCAGAAGAUGGAGAAGCUAUGGAAGUGUCCCUCUCCCGGGAAGAGACAAGCAGAGAGGAUGCUGCCCAAGGACCCAGAAGCCCAAAGGCUCUACAUGGCCUUGGAGAGGAAACUGGAAGAAUGCUUCUCAAAAAUGAAGAUAAAAUAUUCCAGCAGCUUAGAGGAACAGAAGCUUCCAAGGAGCCUGGAGCUGACUGAAGAGCAUGAUGAGGAGGCAAAGUUGAGUGACCCUGACAGUCCCUUUUUGGAGUCCAAAGUUCCUGUCAUCUCACGAUGGGGACUCCCUGCAGCCCUGUGGAAGGACCCUAACGUCUCAGCACGUUUUCAGUUUCCCAAGCAAUGGCAGGAGGAGGCGCAGGAGCCAUGGCAGGGGGAGGCGCCGGAAUGGUUUAAGAAGAUACAGAAGGAGCAGCAGUGUCAGAUGCAGUCACCACAGCCUGAGGAGCAGCUCCAGCAGCAGCUGCAAGGGGUAAAGGAGAAGGUGGAGGUGGAGCAGCUGGAGGAGGAGCAGCUGCAGCAGGAAGAGCAUCAGUUUGAGGAGCUGCAGCCACAGCAGGAGCCACGGCAGGAAGGGCAGAAAGAGUGGCAGGAAGAGAAGCAAAAGCAGUGGAAGAAGUGGCUGGAAGAACAAGCGGAGGAGCAGAGGCUGUGCCAGCAGCAGCAGCGGGUGCAGCAGGAGGAGGAGCAGAGGCUGUGGCAGCAGCAGCGGGCGCAGCAGGAGGAGGUGCAGAGACUGUGGCAGCAGCAGCAGGAGGAGGAGCAGAGGCUGAGGCAGCAGCAGGAGGAGGAGCAGAGGCUGUGGCGGCAGCAGCGGGCGCAGCAGGAGGAGGUGCAGAGACUGUGGCAGCAGCGGGCACAGCAGGAGGAGGAGCAGAGGCUGAGGCAGCAGCAGGAGAAAGAGCGUGAGGCGCAGGCGAGGCACUGGCAGCAGCAGGUGGAGGAGCACGAGGAGCAGCGGCAGCUGUGGCAGCAGGAGCAGGCGGAACAUGACCUUCAGCGGAGGCAGUGGCAGCAGCAGGAGGCGAAGCAGCAGGAGCAGGAGAGGUUAUGGCAGCAACAGUGGCAGGAGCAGCUGCAGCAGUUGCAUGAACAGCAAGAGUUGCAGCAAAAGCAGACGCAGCAGGAGCAGUAUCUGACCCCACGGCCUAAAACAGUUCCCAGUACCAGAGAGCCUGGGACCCUGGAACACUCGACAAAACAGAUCCCGCGAAGGCCCAGGAGAGAGAUUGCAAAGGAAGAGGUCCUACUGUACAAAUAUUUCCAGCCUUCUGCCCAGCAAAUGGUUCCUACUCAGAGCAAAGUAUCCCUGCACUCUCAAGCUCAGUCUACUGAGGAGACCAGCUGGCUCCCCACUCUGGCUCAGAAGACCAAAGGGAAGAGCUUGGUGCCCUCCAGCCUGUCAGAGAAGCGGUACUGGGUGGAUGUGGAGGCUCAGAGGGAGAAUUUGGUGCUGCUAGGCCAGGCAACCCAAAAGUGCAGACUACCCCCAUACCUGCACAUGCAGGCGAAGGAAGUUAUCACUGAGACCCUGCACACUGAUGUUGAAAGGCUGGCUCUCCUCUUCCACAAAUACAUCUCCUUCUGCCACCUCCACCAUGUCAGACAAACCUUAAUGUCCCGAUUGGAAGCUGCCAGAGCUGUAAAUGAUGGUGCUGAGGUCCGGAACUUGUACACAUAUGUGGAGAGGGUGGAUGCUUACCGGAAAAAGGUGCUACAGUGCUGGGUGGCCAAGCAGAAAACAGCAGAGCGGGCACGUCAACACUGCCUUGGCAAGAUGAUUUCCUUGUUUGCCCAGUGAGCAGCUUUGUGACCAGAUAGAGUCAGUAUGGAGGACUGAUGUCAUCUCUCACGGUUUUCCUAUCGUUCCAAAACCCCCUGUGUCACUACUCUGGUCCCAGGCUGGUGGCUUCCCAGAUAUCCCUAGGUUUCUGGAACUGGAUGUGAGCUCAGUUAGGAGCAAACCCUUUAGGACUCUACAGACACGAGUCCAGAACCUUCCUAGAUGGAAAACAUAUGGACACAAGUAAAAACCCAUGUAAAUAUAGGAUAGUCCAGAUGCAGUUUAAUGCACAACAGAAAUUUAUGUAGAAAGCAAAUAAAGUUUAUUUUUGUGUUUA